UCUCCCGCCACUCUCUCUCGUUCCGUCAGUGUCUCUCGCGUGUUCGCACGGGGAACAUCGCUCUCGCGUCUCCUCCAAGGCCCAUUCCGUCGAUCCACGGGCUUUCCAUUAUCGACGAGAAUAUUCGCGAACGCGAACGUUUCCUCUUUCGCGGACAUUGAGACCGCGAAGAUCGGUCCCUCGCCCGCGGUCGAGCGCGUUUGGCUAAAUGAGACCCCGUCGCGGAUAAUACGAAAAUAAAUCGGUCCUCCUCUCUCCCAUUUACCUUCUUUCCUCUUCCGCAAUCCUUCCUCUUCCCCCCCCUCCCUUUGUUUACCUGUUCCCGACGCAUUGCGAGUGCACGAUCCGCGGGCGUUUCGUAGUAAUUAGGAGAAUGGACAUGGCCGACGGUUUCUGGAGACUGGCCCUGUGCUGGAUAUGCAUCGUCGGACUCGCAGGCGCCAACGUGCAAAGCAAAGUAAGAUGUACCAAGCAACUAAUGGAAGUCGAUAUAGUGAGGAGUAGUCCGCAGGCAAAGAUAUAUCUCCAACAAUUCAAGCAUUUUCCGGACGAGGCUUGUAAGCCGCAAUUUCACGAUGGCGUAGCCACGUUUAAAUUAUCGCUGCUGGAACAGGACAUGCUGCGGUGCGGUAUUACGAGAGUCGUCAACAAAGUCACGGGUCAAAAGAUGUAUUAUCAUCGGGUAAUAGUGGAGGAGCCUGCGGAUUCCAGCAAGCACACGUUCACGGUGAAAUGCGUAAUCACCGAAGUUGUCGUGGAGCCAGAAAUCGCCAUCGCGGCCAAUCACACGGCGGUACGGCGGAGCGUUCUUCCGGCGGGCUUUCAGGAACCUGAAGUGAUUGAUAUUCAUGAGGAAAUUUCGGGAUCGGCACCAGUGCCGAUUCUCGGUGUCGGAGUAAGGCAGGGUGGAGUUUUGGUCACCGGUGAGCUCAACGUCAGUCCUGGUACACCGUUGCAGAUGGAGAUAUUUUUGGACAAUGAUUCGGCACCGAUCUACGGCCUGCUGGUAACUUACAUGCUGGUCACCGAUACCAAGACGCAAGAGGAAACAAUUAUUAUUAAUGGGUGUUCCGUCGAUCCUUACUUGUUUGAAAAUUUCAACACCGUGGAUGGUGACUUCUUGACGGCGAAAUUCCGAGCCUUCAAGUUCCCGGAAAGCACUUACGUUCAGUUCCGCGGCACCGUUAACGUCUGCUUGGAUAAGUGUCCAGGGAUCGAGUGCAGCAACGGCCAAGUUGGUUUCGGCAGAAAAAGGCGAGCUAUUGAAAUGUCAGGUACCGACAAGAAUAAAUUGUUCGAAGUAACCAUGUCAACGUUUAUCAAGGUCGAUUCCACGAAUGACGUCACGAUCGAUCAAGGUAAAUAUCUUCACUAAAUGAA